AUGAAUAAUUUAACAAAAAAAUAUUAUUCUAUUGAAAAUUCAUCAAUAAAUCAAUAUUAUAAAGAAAUGGUUCCUUUAAAAGAAGGUACCCAAACUACAUUACCAUUAUUACAUAAUCAUAUUAUUGAUAAUAGUACUCAUAAUAACUUCUCUUAUAUAAUGACAAUGAAUGAACAAUCUAAUUUGAAUUCAAAUUUUAAAUGUGAGCAAUCAAUAGGACAACCUGUAUAUCCUUUAAUAGAAAAUCAAUUCAUAUCCUCCUCCUCAUUAUUAUCGUCAUCAGCAUUUACAUUGGCAACAUCGUCAGUAACGUCAUCGUCAUCUGCAGUAUCAGCAUCAUCAUCAUCAUCAUCACUAUCAAUACAGAUACCCAUUGUAAAUGAAUUGAAAUAUUCUAAUCAUUUGGAUUAUAUACAACAUUUUAAUUCACAAAUGAAAUCUCCUAUGUAUGAUUUAAAACCUACAUCAAUAUAUCAUCAUCAUCAUAGUAACAAUACUUGUGUUAAUGAUAAUAAUAAAUUUUCGAAACCCCCUGAUGGAUCAAGUGCAUUAACUUAUGGAUUCAUAGAUACAGUAAACUCUAAAAAAUCAACUUUAUUCAUUCAUAAUAAACAACCUUUAAUGAAAAAUGAUAAAAUUUAUAAGAAUACUGAAUCAAAUGAUAUAAUUCAUUGUAAUUCUAGUGUUGAAGAGGAUGACGAUGACGGUGACGAGAAUGAUGAUGAUGAAGAGGAGGAUGACAUCAAUGAUACAGUUGAAGAGAGUGAAGAUGUCUCUUCUAGUAAUUGUACUGACGAUAUUCAACAUUUAUGUCAAGUAUGCGGUGAUCGAAGCAGCGGUAAACAUUAUGGUCAGUAUACAUGUGAAGGAUGUAAAAGCUUUUUUAAACGUUCUGUACGUAAAUCAGCUAAUUAUGUAUGUAGAUCUGGUGGACAAUGCCCAGUUGAUGCACAAAGACGGAAUCAAUGUCAAGCAUGUCGUUUAUCACGUUGUUUAUUAGCUGGUAUGAAAAAAUCUGCUGUUCAACGUGCACGAGCUAAUACACAAACUUAUUUAUGUUCAACAACACCUUAUUCAUCUUAUCCAGUCAUUGCAGCUGCUGCGGUUGCUGCCGCUGCUACUGCUUAUCUUCAUGAAACAGUAACCACCACCACCACUACUACUACUAAUACUAAUACUAAUGAUACUACUACUAAUUUUAUAUCAAAUUCAUAUAUUCCGACAACCAAUCAAUAUAUUACCCCUUCAAAUGGUAAUAUUAAUCAUUUAUCUCAAACCUAUUAUGAACACUAUGAUAAUACAUUGAAUGUAUCAAAUAUACCCUAUUCAAGAUUAUAUAAUCAACCUAUCUAUACAAGAAAAUAUAUACCAGGUAAUUCAAUGAAUAAACCGAUAGAGAGUAUGGUUACAUCAUAUUUACCAUUCAGUAAUAGUAAUAGUACUUCAUCAAUGUUACCCUAUGAUUACCAACCACCAACAUUAAAUCAUCAUAACCACUAUGCAACACCAUUAAAGCUACAACAAAAAUCACCAUAUGAUUAUUAUCCUCAUUAUCAUUCAACAUCAUCUAUUCCAUCGACAUCUUCAAUUACAAUUCCAAUGACUACAUCAAUUAUGACAAAUUUUCAUAAUAUAAAUAUGAAUUGUAUGAAUCCGUAUAAUACUACUAAUCGUACUAAUAGUAGUACUACUACUCAUACUACUAAUACUACUAAUAAUACUAGUAGUAGUAUCAGAUGUGAUCUAAACCAAGAAUUGAAUUCAUCAUUUCGACAACCAGAUUCAUCAUCAUCAUCAUCAGUAGCAACAUUACCAUCAUUGAAUUCAAUGAUACACUAUGAAAAUAUUCAUUCAUUCAUAAUUGAUAUACAAAACACAAUCAAAGAAUGGAUUCUUAUUAUACAAGAUACAAACUACUUAUUAAAUACUACUUAUUAUUUAAAUUAUCAUUAUCAUAUAGAAUUCAUGAAAUUAUGGUCAAAUAAAUUAUUAAAACAAAUAACUUAUAUUUUAAAUAAAUUACAUUCAUUUAAACAAAUAUGGAAUCAAUAUUUCAAAAAUAUGGCGGGAAAUUCAAAUGACCCUCUUCUGCUUCUUCUUCUUCGUCGUCGUCGUCACCAUGGUGAUGGUGAUGACGAAACGGAAGAAGAAUAUUUAUGGAUAAAUGAAUUAAUUACACAAAUAGAAUUAUAUGAAUCACAAGAUUAUGAAAUGAAGGCAAUAAAUCAAUUGAAUAAAAGUAUGAUACCAAUACCAGAUACUACUCAAAUUAUUUUAUGUGAAUUAUUAGAUAAAGAACGUGAAUUAUUAUUAAGGAAAUCAUUGCCAACACUUACUUUAAUGCAUAUUUGUCAAUCAAUUCAUAAUUAUCCAAAUGAAGAGAUCAUAAUUGAACAGAUUGAAUCAUUGGUCUACUCCAUUCAUCACCAUCAUAAUCAUCCUCAUCAUCCUCCUCAUCCUCAACAAGAUGAUAAUUCUAAAUAUUACAAAUUCAAUAAACCAACCUCAAUCCCAUCAAGUCAUCUCCAUAGCAACCAAUCAAUUGUCCAUUUGGAUAGAUGUCAAAUUGAAACUGGUUUAGAACAUAAUUCAAAUGAUACCAAUGAAUUAUGGAAUAGUAAUGGUAGUACUACGAAUACUACUACUACUACUACUACUAGUAGUAGUGGUAGUAAUAGUAGUAGUAGUAGUUCAAAAUGGAAUACUACUACUAUUAAUAAUAAUUUGUUAUUGCUAAUAAGUAGUAUAAAAAGACAUAAUUUUGAUUCAUUUGAAUGGGGAUGUAUGAGAUGUUUUAUUCUAUUAAAUUCUGGCCUCUUAAAUGAAUCAUAUACUAGAUCAUUUGAAUUAUUAAAAUAUACAAUUUAUAUGAUGUUAAUGAAACAUAUUCAUCAUAAAUUAAAACAACAAUCAAAUCAUAACAAACAAGUAACCAUAGCAACAAACCAUUGGACAUUGACUUAUCGUUUAACUCAACGAAUUUAUAAUCUUUUUCAAAUUUCCAAUGAAUUAUUGAAUAUACAAAUCUAUCAAGAUACUACUGAUAAGAAUUUAAGUAGUAAUCAAUAG